CAGGAGCUGCUCCUCCAUCUCUCAAGAACUAAAGACGCACAUCACAUCACAUCACAUCACAUCACACCACUCCUCUUCACGGGACAGGGAUUGUUUAAAACUGGAGAUGGCGGAGCGCUAUGACUGCCACUACUGCAAGGAGUCUCUGUUCGGGAAGAAAUACGUCCUGCGGGAUGAAAAUCCUUACUGUGUGAAGUGCUAUGAGAGCCUCUACUCCAAUACCUGCGAGGAGUGCAAGAAACCUAUUGGCUGCAACAGCAGAGAUCUGUCUUAUAAAGACCGGCACUGGCAUGACGACUGCUUCCACUGCUUCAAAUGUCACCGUUCUCUCGUGGACAAGCCAUUUUCUACUAAGGAUGAGCAGCUACUGUGUACCGAGUGCUACUCCAAUGAGUAUUCAUCUAAAUGUUUCGAAUGCAAGAAGACAAUCAUGCCUGGCUCCAGGAAGAUGGAGCAUAAGGGGAACAGCUGGCAUGAGACCUGCUUUACCUGCCAGCGCUGUCAGCAGCCCAUUGGAACCAAGAGCUUCAUUCCUAAGGACAACAGUAACUACUGCGUGCCGUGCUACGAGAAGCAAUUUGCUCUGCAGUGUGUGCAAUGCAAGAAGCCAAUCACUACCGGGGGUGUGACCUACCAUGACCAGCCCUGGCAUAAGGACUGCUUCCUGUGUACUGGCUGUAAGCAGCAGCUGUCUGGUCAGCGCUUCACCUCUCGUGACGACUUUCCCUAUUGCCUCAACUGCUUCUGCAAUUUGUAUGCCAAGAAGUGUGCUGCCUGCACCACCCCAAUCAGUGGUCUGGGAGGAAGCAAAUAUAUCUCCUUUGAAGAGAGGCAAUGGCACAACGACUGCUUCAACUGCAAGAAGUGCUCGGUGUCUCUGGUGGGCCGUGGAUUCCUGACAGAGAGAGAUGAUAUUCUGUGUCCCGAAUGUGGAAAAGACAUCUGAGAAGACAGAGUGGCACUGCAUUUCCUAAUAUUUUAUUUUUUAACAAAGUUACAAAUCUAUCUAUCAAAGUUGAUAUAUUAGUCUAACAAAAGUCCCAUUCAGAUAAUUCACUUUAAAGGGGCCUGUGCAUGCCAAGGCUUCGUAUUAAAAUUGGGUCUUGUUUAAAAACUUAAAGAAACAUAUGCAUUUUUUUGAAGACAUAAAGCAUAUUUACUGUUACUUAGAAGUGUUAUUGACUAUUUACUAGUUGUUUGUGUCCAGUGUUGGGUGUAACUAGUUACAAAGUGAUAGUUACUGUAUUUAAAUGAUCAUUUUUAGGUAAUCUAGUUACAUUUACUCAUGAACUUGCCUUAAAUAAUUAGAUUAAUUGUAUUUUUGUGUGUGUGUUAUACAAAUACAUUUUACAGAAUAAUUCUAUUUUUCAACUAAUGGUGAAAGACAUUUAUCUGGCUGAUGAAUGGGCUAUUUGCACAGCAAGUGUUUUCCAGCCAAUGGUAAACUUCCGGUGAAAGGUUAAUGUGACUAUUUUAAAGUUUUAAGGUUUCGUUUAUAGCAUUGACAUAGCAAUUUCAUAGCAAUUUCAUCUUAAUGAAAUUAAAAUACAAUCAGUUUAAUAAACUUAAGCAUUUAUUUAGUUGUUCAAGCAUAAAACGAGAUGAAAAAACCAUGCAAAUUCUAGGCGAGUGCAGAAACUCCACUCAAAAUACUGAGGUAAAAUAAAUGUUCAUAUUUUAACGAGAUGGCAGGGGAAAUGGAAUUUUAAAGCAGUGCUUCUUGUCCGGUCUGACACCAACUUUAUAUCGUAUAUCUAUCAGGCAGUGAAGAUCACUGAUCUUUUAAGAAAUCAGAUCUUUAACAUGACGAUUUUGUAAUGGAAAGACCGGAAGCCGUCGGGCUGGCUGUUUGAAAAUGAAAAGUCUGUGUGCAUAAACCCCAUUGAAAUAAUGAACCAACUAAGAAAUUUAUAGAUAUUUACAUUAGAUGUCACCGACGCUAAUGUUGUCAAGGAAGGAAUGCGUCAACAGAGCUGCCAUUUUAGUACAGGGUAGCGCUCCUUUGAAAUGAUUGUGGGACUAAAGUGCAGUGGAUUGGCCAUCCAGAGCCAGAGAUAUAUAUACACAUA